UCAAACCUAUGCUGACCAGCUGCAUCAUAGCGUUUUUGGAUUCCAGGAGCCUAGGAUCCUCUGAGGAGUAAUUGGGGGUCCCUUAAAAGUUCCUCAGAGGCCCAGGAUCUCCUGAAAUCUGCCAAGCUAACAGCUGGAGCUGCUUCUAGAGAAUCAAGGGGAGGAACUGAUUCCUUGAGUCUCUGAUGAAGCAGGAGAGGCUGAAAAAGAGUAAUCUUCAACAGGGAAGGAUACCAGGGCUGCAUCAACUGACAGCAGAGUCUGCACACCAUGCAAAUGGUUCUGGUUAUCAUAGAAUGAGCACAAAGCAUGAACUCCUGCAUCUAGCCACAUUUGGAGAAAUGCAUCUAUGGCCAUGCUGUCUAGGUCCGGAAGCCAAAUGAAAUGAGAAGCUGAAGAUUGUUGUGGGCUGUAAAAAUGCCUAUAGAAAAAGAUGAGCAUGUCUACCUCAAAAACCACUAAGAGAAAUCAUCAUCCUUGAAAAAACAUUUCUUUCAAUGAAAUCGGCAAACAGUACUGCUACAUUUACUGGAAUCUAGCAAAAUGCUCACUGACCAGCCCUCAAAGAUCACUUUACAGUCUGAAAUGGAUUAUUCUUUGUGGGAAACGUGCUUGAAGCUGAUUGCUGCUGGGUUUUUUGUCUAUUUGGGAAUUUUUGUAUUUUGUCACUUCAUCUCUCUCCUCCUCUGUGUCACUUAUCAUGGCCUCUCUGCCAAGGAGAAGGUAUUUUGGGACCUCUCAGCCACACGAGCAGUAUUUGGAGUACAGUGCACUGUUGCUGGUCUGAGAGCGUUGCUUGUUGAUCCGGUUCUUACAGCAGACAAGAUCAGCUCCCAGCAGGACUGGUCUUGGUUUACUAUACUUACAGCAACUGGGUUCUUUCUGUUUGAAAAUGUAGCACUUCACACAUCCAACUAUAUAUUUUGGACAUGUGAUGUGUUUUUAGCAGUUCACCAUUUUUUUGCCUUUCUUGGCUUUUUUGGAGCAGUGAUUUACAGUACAGCUGGACAUUAUUUAGCUAUGGUAACAUUAUUAUUGGAGAUGAGCACACCUUUCACUUGCAUUUCAUGGAUGCUAUUAAAGGCUGGAUGGUCAGACACAGUGUUUUGGAAAAUAAACCAAUGGAUAAUGAUUCACAUGUUCCACUGCCGGAUGGUUCUUACUUACCACAUAUGGUGGGUCUGCUUGUGGUAUUGGGAGAUAUUAAUAAGUUCAGUUGCUUAUGUGUAUAUAGCAUUUUUCUUCACUGCGCUGGGAUUAGUUACAGUUAUUCUGAACCCUUACUGGACUCACAAAAAGACUUAUCAGCUCUUGACACCAGUUGACUGGAAUUUCGAAGCUCCAUCAUCUCUGUCAGAGAAUAGAAAUGGUGGGAUGGACGACAAGAAGAAGAAACAUUAGAUUAAGUGUUAUAUUGCAAUGAAGCCAAGAUAUUAUAUGAACAUUAAAUGGACAUUUUUUUUUCUUUCAAGCAAACAAAUACUCCAAACAGUUUAAUAUAAUGUUCAUACUUAUUUAAUGUGCUGUUGUACUGAUAAAUACCUGCAGUAUUACAUGUCACUGAAUUGUGUUCAGAUGUACCAUACCUUUUUAAAAUAUAAUUUUAAAAUAUAUUUGGUUUCAGAAAAUAAGUCCCUUUUUAUAAAGGAAACCAUUUAAAAACUUGUAUUAGUUGUAGCAUUCAUCAUGUGUGUCUCUGGCAGUUUAGUGCCCAACUGCAAUAAGCCCAAGUUUUGUGAAAAUUCACUGUGGUUCAAUUUAAUGUCUUAAGCAGUUUGGAGUUAAGUCUUAGUCAGAAAAUACCGAGUCCAUAGUGCAUGUGCAGCUAAGCUUCAGUAGGGAAUGUGACAAGGCUGUCUCUGGCUUAACUAAAGACUAACAGGCGUGUGUGGUUGUUAUCUACUUUUUAUCAAGCAGCUAUAGAUUCUGAGGCGCAUGCUUUCAGUUCAUCUGUGAAUCACAAGUUAAACACACUCUUAUUGCUUGCUAAAAUAAUUAACAUUUAUUAUAAUUUUUUGUACCCAGGGUGUGAAUACUUGACUGUUUUGUAUGAUCUAAAAUUGGUUGGAUAUAAUCCAUUCUGGAUACCAAUUUACUACUCUUUAGUAUAACAUUCAAAUGAAAUCCACAUAUUUAUAUACUGUAUAUUAUUUUAAGAGCUUUGAAAUAUGAUUGAGGAUUUUCUGGUAACUCAUUUGAUUGUACUAAUUAUUGCAAUAUGAACAUAUUGCAGAACAGUGUUGGCAAAGACUCUUUACUGUGACUACAGGAGCAACAUAAGCACAUUUACUUUGUAUUACCCUUAUAUCUGCAUUUGAAAUAUAAACUCUUGUUAUUGGAA